GUGCCACGGAGCCGCAGGAAUUUGCAAUCAUGUCUGGGCUGGGGAAGACCAGGGAGGCACCUCAGGCAAACUCCAAGUCCCAGUCUUCUCGGGAGAAGUUUCACUUCCCUGUGGACCAUAUAGAGAAGAUGCUGCGUAAGGGUCACUGCAUCAAGCGGAUCAAAGGAGGAGCACUGGUUUACCUGGCUGCCGUGAUUGAGUACCUGACCACUGAGCUCUUGGCACAGGCUGGGAACGCCACCCGGGACGACCCGAGGAGAUGUAUCACGCCGCGGCACCUGCGGCUUGCCAUCCGCCGUAACAAGGACCUCCACAAACUACUGCUGGGCAGCGAUGCUGUCUUCCAGGGGGGGAUCCUACCCAACAGCCAGGCCAUGCUGCUGAAGACCAAAAGCAGCAAAUCCUCCAGGAGCAAGAGUCUUCGUCUGCCAGGGGAGAACACCCUCCAGGAGAAAUAGGAGUGACUUGGCCCUUCCCUUUCACAGCCACCCACGUGCUCUAUUAAAAGAUACAAACCCAGCACUGCUUUUCAUUGCCAGGGAUGGAUUAAUAAAAGUGUAUAUGGAGAAGA